AUGUGCAGUAGUGCAAUACUCGAUGGGAAUACUGUCAUUGAGCAAGCCAAGGAUGGCUUGAUCACUGUGUUUUCAACAAUUAGAAAUGUACUUCACAGUGAACAAAUUAAUGAGGAUGAAUUUCACUCAGCUAUGGUCAAAUUAGUGAACCAAUUGAUCACAUUAUAUCUUGAUCACUCGGUAAAACCGUUAAGUCUGCUUGAUUAUCAACCCAUAGUGCAUCGUUACUAUUAUAUGGGUUGGGUACAAACAAAGCAGGGGAAAUUGUCAGAAGCAUGGGCUAUUCAUGAACAUACCCUGAGAAUAUCACGCGAAUGUUUACCUCCUAAUCAUCCUCGCUUUGGGAUAGCAUACAGUUACAUCAGUUUGCUCUAUUUGACAAUGAACGAUCAUUCACGUGCACUAGUGUGUGGGUGUGCCUAA